CAACCUAAGUGUAUGUAAACUUCUGACUUCAACUAUAUAUAGUGUAUGUAGUCACCAAAGUCCUAUCCCUGUAGCUGAAACCCCUUCAGAUUGGCCAAGACCAUAAGCACUUGGUUCGGGUCCAUUUCAACACAUUGAAAUAUCCUAUUUCCAAUUGGAAAAGGUAUUGAAUUGAACAAACCUCAAGGUUUGCGUCUGACUACAUCGUCAACUCGUACUACCCCCGAAGUGUGUGUGCUGUAUCUUAGUGGGUAUCUAAAUGUGCCUAUGAGCAGCUGGCCUGCUCUCUGGCUUACGUCUGUGGCUUUACAUGACGACUCGUCCAGAUGUGAUUGACGUCAGUCUCACGACAUACAAGCCACCUUCAAACAGGAGUCCCUGCUUACAGACAGGACACACACACACUCUCUCCCUUUGAUGUGGGAGCAGAGAUCAGAGCCUCCCUGCCUUGGCUCUCCACCCCUCCCUCGUUCCCUCCACCCCACCCCUCCCUCCCCUCCUCCUUUAACCAAAUGUUUACCGCUACUGUUUUUUCCCCUCAUAUGCCUCCAUGCAGCCAAUGCCACACCCUUCAUUUUUUUCCUUUCUUAAUUUUCUUUUACAAGGGAGUGUUUCUUCCACGCAACAUAUUAUACACAUUCCUCCCAUAGACUGCAAAGACAGGGAAAUCGCUGGAAAUACCCCUUAUUCAAGAAACAACUAUUAGUAUUUUCACUCAUGGCCAGCGCUUUCACUUCCACUGAUGAUAUCACAGUCUGUCAAACUUUGUGUCAUUCACACUGAGAGGGCUUGACAGAUAAAUACUUGUCUUUUGCCUGAUGAGCUUUUAAUGAACUUCCAUUUUCCUCCAAGAAUGGCUGAAUAUCUCUCGCUGAUUUGUUUGUUCAGUUUGUUCUUGAUUUUAUGCACCUUGUUUGGACUGCGAGGUAGCAACAGUGUGAUUUUCCCCUUUCCAUUGGGAAAGAGCAUGUUGAUCCCAUUCUAAGAGGACAAUAAUGAAACACGGGAGAGAAAGAAGAGGGUCAUACCACAGAGGUCAAGCCAGGGCUGGCCUCCUCUGACGGAGAGAUUUGAGAGGACAAGCACUAGCUAAUUGCUAACAGAUACCCAGCACGCAAGCAGAGUCCUACCGGCUAAAGUUCCAUACUGUAAUACCCACCUGUGGAGAUAGGGGAAAGGGCUCAUGCUGGAAUACCACUUUUUUCACUUCAUGACACUUCAUUCAUUUCAUGCCUUCUUGCCUCCUCGCCUAGGUCAUGGGAUUGAGCAGAGCUGAUGGUAUCAUAGUAAGUAGUCUUGAGUUGCAGGUUGGCAAUGUCCCAAUGGGUAAUGUUUGUAUCAUAGCAAAUGAAAGCAGAUGGUAAUACAGAUGGGUGGUGGUUUGGGUGAGUUCCUGCCAUAGAAGAGCACUUCAAAACCAAGAGAAAAGCACUUCAGGUAAAUGCAAGUCUUUUAAAGAGCUUGGACUUCAAUUUUCACAGAAGUUUCUUUCAACUGUCAACAUUUGAGGGGAGUUAUUUCCUCUCCAAAAGCACAAGAGGCCACAAGAGGCAGGGGUGAAAGUGAGUCCACGAGAGGCAGGGGUGAAAGUGAGUCCACGAGAGGCAGGGGUGAAAGUGAGGCCACGAGAGGCAGGGGAGAAAGUGAGGCCACGAGAGGCAGGGGUGAAGGUAAGUCCACGAGAGGCAGGGGUGAAAGUGAGUCCACGAGAGGCAGGGGAGGAAGUGAGUCCACGAGAGGCAGGGGAGGAAGUGAGGCCACGAGAGGCAGGGGAGGAAGUGAGUCCACGAGAGGUGAGGGUGAAAGUGAGUCCACGAGAGGCAGGGGUGGAAGUGAGGCCACGAGAGGCAGGGGAGAAAGUGAGGCCACAAGAAGUAGGUUCCACACUAGAUGUGAGAGGAUUGAGCUGUGUAGCCAUUGGGUUGUAGCACUCUCUUGACAGGCCUGAGCAGGGCCCACCACAGUAGCUUAUCUACCUCUCCCAGUCGUCUGUCACAAGCGCCUCUGACGUCACGGCCCCGGCCAGAGUUUAUGGGUAUACGGACGGUGGCAUUCUGGAGCCGUUGUGGUGCUCAUCUGAUACAUGGCUGCUUGUGUGUUACCACAGGACCACUGCUGGAUAGGAUAGGAUCCUCCAGUUCCCCCUUGAUUUUGAUGUGGAGAAUGGGCUGCCGGUGGGACGCAGCCCUCUGGACCCCCAGGCCAGCCCCAGCUCCGGCCUGGUCCUGCAGGCCAACUACCCCCACAGCCAGCGCCGCGAGUCCUUCCUCUACCGCUCCGACUCAGACUUCGACCUCUCACCAAAAGCCAUGUCCCGCAACUCCUCCAUGGCCAGUGAGCUACAUGGAGAAGACAUGAUUGUGACACCAUUUGCACAGGUGCUCGCCAGUCUCCGAACAGUCAGAAGCAACUUUGCCAUCAUAACUCAUCUGCAGGAUCGGCCCAACAGGCGGCCGUCAGGCAGCAACCCUCCCUCAAUGCCUACUCAUACCAAGCCAAGCAUACCAGAGGAGCCCUACCAGAAGCUGGCCAUAGAGACACUGGAGGAGCUGGACUGGUGUCUGGACCAGCUGGAGACCCUGCAGACCUGUCACUCAGUCAGCGAGAUGGCUUCCAACAAGUUCAAAAGGAUGCUGAACAGAGAGCUCACCCAGUUGUCAGAAACCAGCCGGUCAGGAAACCAAGUCUCAGAGUUUAUCGCCAACACUUUCCUAGAAAAGCAGCAAGAUGUGGAGAUUAUGUCUGGGCCUCUUAAAGACAAGGACAAGAAGAAGAGGCCCAUGUCCCAGAUUGUUGCGGUGAAGAAACCUGCUCUCAGCCCCAGCCUCGCCCCUACCCAGAUCCCCCGCUUUGGGGUCACCACCCUCCAUGAGAGUCUACUGGCAACGGAAUUUGAAGACAUCAACAGAUGGGGUCUAGAUAUUUUCAAGAUAGCUGAAUACUCGGGGAAUCGGCCUUUGACGGUGGUGAUGUACUCCAUUUUCCAGGAGCGAGAGCUGCUGAAGAACUUUAAGAUCCCAGCCGACACCUUCGUCACCUUCAUGAUGACCCUGGAGGACCAUUACCACACCGACGUGGCCUACCACAACAACAUCCAUGCUGCCGACGUGGUACAGUCCACUCACAUCCUCCUCUCCACCCCUGCCCUGGAGGCUGUCUUCACUGACCUGGAGAUCAUGGCUGCUCUGUUUAGCAGUGCCAUACACGACGUGGAUCAUCCCGGAGUGUCCAACCAGUUCCUCAUCAACACAAACUCUGAGCUGGCUCUGAUGUACAACGACGCCUCGGUCCUGGAGAACCACCACCUGGCCGUGGGCUUCAAGCUGCUGCAGGAGGACAACUGUGACAUCUUCCAGAGCCUCAGCAAGAAACAGGGUCAGUCCCUCAGGAAGAUGGUCAUCGACAUGGUGUUGGCCACUGACAUGUCCAAGCACAUGAACUUCCUGGCUGACCUGAAGACCAUGGUGGAGACCAAGAAGGUGACCAGUCUGGGAGUGCUGCUGCUGGACAACUACUCAGACCGCAUCCAGGUCCUGCAGAACAUGGUUCACUGUGCUGACCUGAGUAACCCCACCAAGCCACUGGACGUCUACCGCCAGUGGACGGACCGCAUCAUGAUGGAGUUCUUCACCCAGGGGGACAGGGAGAGGGACAAGGGCAUGGAGAUCAGCCCUAUGUGUGACAAACACAAUGCCUCUGUCGAGAAGACCCAGGUGGGAUUCAUAGACUACAUUGUCCACCCUCUGUGGGAGACGUGGGCUGACCUGGUCCACCCUGACGCACAGGACAUUCUGGACACGCUGGAGGACAACCGGGAGUGGUACCAGAGUAUGAUCCAGCGCAGCCCCUCACCCACCCUCGAGGACAUGGACCUUGACGGGGGGCCAGGGGCCCUGGAGGCUAUGGCGGGGGGUUGCUGCACCUCCACAGGGGACAAGUUCCAGUUUGAACUCACCCUGGAGGAGGAGGAGGACGAGGGCGACGUCGAGUCAGACCUGGAGAGCCCACCUGAGGAGGAGAUGUCACAGGGGGGAGAGACCUCUAGGAAGACCCCGGCCCUGUCUCAAUCCCCAGAGCCCAGCAGCAGCACCAGACACCGGCCCCCCUCCCCUCACCCUGGCCGGGCCUUCAGUCUGACCACCAUGUCAGUUAGGAGCCCCGGCCAUCUCAGGACGUUGAGCCCCGGGCUGGACGGGGACGACAGAGACGAUAGGGACAGAGAACUGGGUCAGGAAGGCAAUAGUGUAGCGUACCUACGGCUUGGCACGUAACACCAACCCUAGCCCACCCAGCACCUCAUUCAGUCCCUGCCUUGGUUCGUGGGUCCCAGCAGCAAUUGGACGUGCAAGGUGGGCUUUUUAACAACAGUAUGUAAUGACAACAGUCCCUUUACACUGAAGACACCUUUACACUGACCACUUUCCCUCUGUUUAAUCUUGUAGAACAAGAAGUAUCGUUAUAUCCUCUUUUUUUCUCCUUUGUGCCAGAUGGGACUUUUUAGUCCUGCUUUCUGUAGUUGAUUCUAGGGGUAAAGUGUCAGAAACAGACUGCUGUAUAUGUCUAGCUGAUCAAAGGUAGAACUAAUUACAUGGCUAACCAGUCUCACCAACGUCUCCUGAUGGAGCAAGGAAUUCUACUGAGAAAAUGUCUUCCUCAAAAUGAUGGAAUAUAGAUCUAUUCAAUAGAAUAUUGUAAGGAUUGUGAUCAAUUUACAGGGUCUUAGAACUGUUGCACCAUACAAUUAGGGGGAUUAUAUUUGUUUGAAUUCAGUAAGCAUAAACUAGUAUAUUUGAUUUAGUUUCUGAGAGUUCUGUGAAUGAUAAGUUUAACCAAAUCCAGUAUGUACCUGAAUAGUGAGAUAAUUGUGACUUAAACCCCAGGGUAUGGAGAGAGAAAUUAUUUUAAUGUAGCACAGACUUCUUGGUUACCCCUUAACCUAGACUGCCUGUUUCGAGUUGUCGCUGACGACAAACGUUUCUUAGAACUUCAAGAGGUUCAAGUUAUGCAAAAAGACAUAACUGAUUGACAUGUGUCUGGCGCCCUCUAUUGAUCUAAAUUAAAAGUUUGAGUUUGAGAACUAAAGCAAGUUAAGUAUGGAGGAUGAAACAAACAGUACCAGUAUAAUUAUAUACAGUGGGGGUCUGAAAUUAUUGACACCCUUGAUACAGACUAAUUUAUAAGAAUCUUUAGGGGUGUCAAUAAUUCUGACCCCUACCUUUUAGGUGAAAAAAAAAAGUCAUUUUUUUAGCACACAAUAUAGCUCAGUAUUUUUAUGAUUUAUUUUAUACAGUCAGUAUUGCUAUUCUUUAUCAAGGGUGUCAAUCAUUUCAGACCCCACUGUAUACAAGUCAAGCAUUUAAAAAAUGUCCUGAAGUACUGUGGUUGAUUGGGUUGUUUUAAAUCUAGACAAACACCACUUACACUCAUAUUUGUAAAAUUGUAUUUGUUUUUAUGGGAUCAUGUUUUACAUUUGUGUCACAUUUUUAAAUAUGAUAUGAAAUGGUUCUGUUUUCUUUUAUAUAUUUGGGAUGUCCUCACUAUGUCUGAUUGUCUCUGUGCUUUGUAAGCAUAGUUAUCAGGGUGCCUCCACCAUCCAGUAGCACUUUACAAUCUCUGUUGUAAAUUAAUUCAGUUCUGAAGCGCUUGAGCCAAACCAUGAUUCGACUGGACAGCUUACUGAAGGUUGUGUAGAUCUGAGAGGAAUGGAUAGGUGUAAUAAAUGUGGUAAAAAUUCCACCUAACCUAUCAGAGUGGUUAAAUUGUGGUUAAAAUAUCAGGUGGUUAAAUUCUCAUAUACUGUAGCUUAAACCUAUGAAAUCCUGUCAGAUCUCCACAAGUGUCUAGGGGUUAGGGGCUAUGGGUUGUUUCUGGACAGGGCCGUAGAGUAGACUAAUAAGGGUUUUUGUCCAGUAGGGUGCGAUGCUUUGAAAGUUGCAGAUAGAAAUGUAGUGAACAGAGUUGAUAUGAUUCCCUGUAAUACACAACAGAAAAUCAUGUCUGUAUUGACAUUUGAUAACUUCCCAUUUGCCUGAAUAAGCCCCUAAUGUCUUGUUUAAUUUGUUCUUGAGGGAAACAAGUUUAUAGGGAAAAUUGUGCCACAAGUGUUUGGAAUUUGAACCAACGCAUCUGCCAGCCUAAGUCGUUAUGAAAUGUUUAACACAAUGUUCUCUCUGAACUGUUGAUUGUAUUCAUGUUAUUUUAUCAAUUGUUAGACUUAUGCUAAUUUUUUUAAUGGGAAAUGUUGCACCUUAAUACGUUGGAUGUAAUGCUUCGACUUAAAUGCUACAUUCAAUUUUGUCAAGUUGA